AUGGCUAUAUUGUCUUCUGCUCCCCUUCACUUUAUCUCCUCGGUACCACCUGUGACGCGUGCCUUCACUGCUGCGACUGUCGCCUUCUCCCUGCUAUAUUACAGUCUACGAUGGACAAGUGAUAGUUCUUCUACGGCAUACCUUGUCCUCGUUCCCGGAUCAAGUAUCUUUUUUCCAUGGACCUUCUUCACCUCCGCAUUCGUAGAAACCACCGUUAUAGAGUUGAUCGUCACCCUCCUCGUAAUUCCCGCUUCAUUGAAAUAUUUGGAGCGAUUGUGGGGUGCUGUAGAAACCAUCAAAUUCAUUGUGGUGUCCAUAACCGUGUCCAACGUCAUCGCCUUCGGUCUAAAUUGGCUGGAAUUCGUAGCGCUGAGAUACCCGGUCUUCCUCUACGGGCAAGAGUAUCAUGGUCAGAUGGCACUGCAAAUUGCAGUUCUCGUUGCGUUCACGCAGAUUAUUCCUGAGCACCAAGUUCAGUUGCUCGGUGUUCUGAAAGCCCGAGUAAAGACAUUGCCCAUGGCCUACGUUACGUUGUCGACCGUGAUGUGUAUCAUCGGAUUCCAAUGUCCUUGGAUUGUGAUUCAAUUUGGCUGGCUUGUCUCCUACAUAUGGUUGCGCUUCUACAAGAAAAGUGCUGGCGACCUCGUCAGCGGUGGACCUGCCUACGGGGACAGAAGUGAAACGUUUGCAUUCGUGAAUUGGUUCCCUCCUUUCAUCCACACCCCCAUUACAAUGCUCGCGAAUACAUCAUAUUCGUUGGCAGUGAAGUUCCAUCUCAUUCCCGUGUCAGGACUUGACGUGGAAUCUGGAGGAUAUAGCCAACUACCCGGAGGUGCACGAGCUGAAGCAGAAAGGAGACGGGCAAUGGCUCUAAAGGCGUUGGAUCAGCGGUUAGCUGGCGGUGCUGUAUCACCUACCCCGCGCAGUGCAAAUGGUUCUUCUCUCCCGUCGCGCCCACCCGCAAACAACGGAGAAGCUUCUCCACCGCAGAAGAUUACUGGGGACGUCGAUAUUGAGCAGGGAAUAGAAGAAGCUGGGAAGGGCAGGGAUGAUAGCAGAUGA